CAAGGAGCAGUUUAUCAGCCCAGUUGGGGUAUAGGCUUUCUUUUCCUCCAUUAAGAUCUUUUCUGUUUGUCUGUUUUCUUCAAACCCCAAUCAACUUUAUUGAUUUGGCCUCUGGCAUUCAAGACAAGAAAUUAAAGUCACGCAGGGUGAUACAAUGGAGACACUCUGUGUAGACGACACGGCUGCGUUGGCUACCUUUGGCCAAAUUUAUACCGAGCAAGGUCUUUUACAGCGACCUUCUGGAUUGAAAGAAGGGGAUGUUAGUGAUGGGAUCAAUGACAAGACAACUAUUCUGCGAUUCCUCCAGGCCCGAGAAAUGAACUAUGCCGAUGCUCUUGAACAAUUUCAAAAGGCGACCAAGUUCCAUGCCGACAAGAGAGCACUUUCUCUGUAUGACUUGAUUAGUGUCGAUGAUUUUGAAGAUACACGGAAGCUGUAUCCGCACUGGACAGGCCGUCGCGACAAGCGUGGCUUUCCAAUUCUAAUGAUUGAUGCAGCCCACCUAAACCAUGCCGCGAUGAUUGAAUGGCGAAAAACACGCACUAUCACCCCAUCAUCUCCCGACGGGCCUGCACCAAGCGCUGACAUGGCACAACGGGCAUUAGUGUUUCAUGAUGGCUUAACACGGUUUAUAUUGCCUCUCUGUACGGCGAUGACUGACCGACCGAACCCUUCGGUGCCUGUUAUAAAAUCCAUCUAUCUGGUCGAUGCAUCUUGUAUCUCUCUGAAGCAGGCUUGGGACUUGAAAGACUUUGCGCAGGAUGUCAGUUGGAUUUUGGCAACCUGCUAUCCAGAAACAAUUGAUCGCAUCUUCGUCUGCAAUGUCCCCUCAUACCUCACAACAAUAUGGAACGUGUUCAAGAAAUUCGUCGACCCGGUGACCGCCGAGAAGAUCAUAUUUCUUAGGCCCAACGAUGUCUCUCCCACGAUAGAAAAGUAUAUUGAUCCCGAGAACAUUCCAUCACAGCUCGGUGGCCACUUUACAUUCACAAACGGCAUGCUCCCCGACCUUGAUGCUGGUAUUCGCAAGGCCCUAUACUGGACGGCACCGUCAGAUUCCAGUAACACUUGCAGUUUGCCUCCGGGCCCGAUCAAAUGGGUUGAAUAUGAGGGAAGUAGACGCGCGGCUAUGGCUACUGGGACUGUUGGUGGGCUACAAAGGGUGGAGAGGGUUGCCGUUCUUGGGUCAUGAAUACAAUCCCCAAUGAUACAACCCCUACGUGUGAUGGAUGGCAAGAAAAAUAAAAAGAAAAAGAACCCUGCCGUAUUCUAAUUCGCGCAGUCUACAGUUUGGCAAGCAUGCGGGCUGCAAGAACGGAUGAAACUAUCCGUUCUUAUAACCCGCAUUCCACCAACCCAAACCUUUUGAAUACCUUAUAAAUGGCCAUGCAAAACCAUGCAAGCCUUUUUCCCUUGGAAAGUAGAUAUAUUUUACAG